AUGUACACAAGCAAUGUGAAAGUAGAGGAGGCAGUAAAGUCCUAUGGAAGCAGCCUAGAGGACUACUGGUGCAAUACCACACUGCACCACAGCUGGUGGUACAAUGCCAAUGAAAAUCUGACAACCUUGGAAAUAGGUUACAUCACAGCAACCUCUGAUUGGUCUGAUUCCCAGAACUAUAUGAAGAUUAGUUACGGAGCUGUGGAUCCUGCAUUUAGUGACAAAAUCCGCUUUCCAUUAUUCUAUCGAACAGUGACAAGUGAAACUUCCCAGUACAAAGUAAUCAUCCAGCUCAUCAAGACUUUUAAUUGGAACUGGGUUGGGAUUAUAUAUUCUGAUGAUGAGAGUCACCAGAAAGCCAGUGAAGAAAUGAAGAAUGAGAUCAUGAAGAAUGGAAUCUGUGUCGCUUUUUUUGUUCAGAUUGGUGAAAAUAAAUCUAACAGUUUUUACUUUGCUUUGCAAACCUUACGCCAGUCAAAUGCCAGUGUUGUCAUAGUUUAUAGUAAAACAGUUGUGUUUCUGAUGUUUCUUUGCUCUCUAAAGAACUCAGCUUAUGUGGUGUGGCUAAUGCUAUCUCCUUUGUCAUCAGCUUCAGAAAUAAUGUAUACUCAUGAGUUUAAUGGAUCCCUUUUUAUACUCUUUCAUCAAAGAAACAUACCAGGGUUAAGAGAUUUUGUUUACAAAGCUAAUCCUUCAAGAUCUCCAAAAGAUCCAUUUACUGCUGCAGUUUGGUUAAAGUUGUUUGGUUGCUAUGAACCAGCUUUUGCUAAACCAUCAUUCCAAAUCUACCGCGUCUGUAAUGCCAACGAUACACUACAGCAAUAUGGAUUUGACACAAGUUAUUUUAGAUUAACAUACUAUAUGUACAUUGCUGUAUAUGCUGUCGCCCAUGCUCUUCAUGCUGUGUAUACUGAUAAAUCCAGUGGUGGGAAUAUCUUGUAUUCUGAUAAAACUACAAAUAUACAAAUGCAGUUAAACAACCACCUCAAGAAAAUCCAUUUCAGAACAGACUCUGGGGAUGACAUUUUCUUCAAUGAGAAAGGAGAAGUUCUGGGGCAUUUUGAUAUAAUAAAUUGGAACGUUUUCCAUAAUGAAACAGAGACUACCAGACAUGUUGGAACCUUCAAUCCGUUGCAGUCUCCAGAACUUACCAUUGACAAAGACGCAAUCCUUUGGGCAUCCCAUUUUAAUGGGAUCCCUGUCUCAAAUUGCAGUGCCAGCUGUCUCCCUGGUUACAGGAAAGUUUUUGUAAAAGGAAAUCAAAUUUGCUGUUAUGAGUGUGUUCAGUGCUCGGAAGGAGAAAUAUCCCCAUUGCCAGAUAUGGAGAAUUGCAUUAAAUGUCCUGAAGACCAAUGGUCCAAUGAGAGCAGAGAUAAAUGCAUAAUGCGAAUCAUUGAAUUCCUUUCUUAUAAGGACCCUCUUGGUGUGGCUCUAACCACUGCUGCUUUAGGUCUGUCUUUUUGCUCAGCUGCAGUUUUUUGCAUCUUCUUAAUUUACAAGAACAGCACAAUUGUGAAAGCCAAUAAUCAGGAGCUUGGUUACAUUCUUCUUAUUUCCCUUAUGCUAUCCUUUCUUUGUUCCUUACUGUUUAUUGGAAGACCUACUGGAUUGACCUGUUUAUUGAGAUGGCCUUUAUUUAGUAUCAUUUUUGUUAUUUGUAUUUCCUCCAUUUUGGGGAAAACCAUUACUGUUAUUAUUGCCUUCAGUGCCACUAGACCUGGGAGCAGGCUCAGAAACUAUGUUGGCACCAGGGUCCCUAAAUAUAUAAUUAUGCUAUGUACACUUCCAAUGGUUUUCAUCUGUGCAUUUUGGAUCAUAUUCUCCCCUCCAUUCCUUGACUAUGACUCUCACUCUGAAACAGGAAAGAUCAUUUUGCAGUGCAAUGAGGGGUCAUCGAGUGCAUUUUACAUAAUGGUUGGCUACAUUGCCUUGUUGGCUUUUGUGAGUUUCUUUGUAGCUUAUCUUGCCCGUAAAUUACCAGACAUAUUUAAUGAAGCACAAUACAUAACUUUCAGCAUGUUACUGUACUGGAGUGUGUGGAUCUCCUUCAUCCUGGCCUAUGUGAGCACCAAAGGCAAAUAUUUAGCAGCAGUGGAGAUAUUUGCCAUCCUUGUUUCAAGUGCAGGAAUUCUUUGCCUUAUAUUUAUACCUAAGUGCUAUAUUAUCUUUUUUAAACCACCAGUUAUCACUAGAGGUCAUUUAAUACAAUUAAAACUGUAA